AUGCUUUAUUGCGCUGGAAGGCGAAAGCGAACGAGUCACUAUAGCGGUUGGUCGUGCCGCCUCGAGGAUUAUCUUCGCUCACAGGCUUCUCACAUCCGAGAUCGACAACGGCGGGCCCGUAGGCAUCCCGUUGCCGAAUAUGUCUUUUCGCUUGCGAACGGAGAGCAGCAUGUCGUGCCCAUCAGGGAGCGAUUCGAAAUUGGCUUCGUUCCGACCGACUCAUUCCGUGGUCCGUCAGGUCUGCCGUUCAUUGCGGUCACGGAUGGCAAACACCAGAUGUUUCCACGCUAUGAGGGACAGUGGCAGGAGCUCGGGCGGCGUCAGACCGAGUACCUCCAGGCAACCGCUCGAAGCUACUUCCUGUGGAGCUGGACAAAUCCGGAACCGGAUGUCGCGGUAGAAAAUAUCGAGAUUGUUCCCAGAGGUCCCGCGCUCGUGAUUGCAGGAGUCACGCUAAGCCAUGUAGAAGAGCACCCCUUCGCUCGUCAGGGGCGAAGAGAGGCAAAGAUUACAAUCACCGACCCGGUGCUAGCGUCAAGCCAGUUCGAUCUUGAAGUGGAGGUGGACAGAGGCGAUUCAACCUAUGCCUUCCCGCUUCCCAAAGACCCCGACGACGGCUUCCUGAACGGGUAUCACCGCGGAUUCGGCGAAGCGAACAACGACGAAGCAAGCCCCGCAUACGCGGAGAUUUCGGCGGUUCCUCAGCUACGGUGUCCAUAA